CCGAGCUGUCAAAAGCAGGGCUUAAAUUUUAAUAUUUUUGAUUGAUUACAAGAAGAAAAAAGGAAACCAAAGGAAUUGUAUCUGCAAGAGUACCUAGGUGAAAUCAGCAAUGAGCGGUCGUUACGACUACAGCAAAGGGUCGUCUCGAUCCGCGCGUGAUGAUUCUAGGCUGGAGAGGCGGCGGGAGCGCGACAGGUCGCGGUCGCCGCGCUCGAGGUCUCCUAGGCGCCGUUCUCCUGAAGUCAGUCGCAAUCGCUACCCUAAGGAACGAUCGAGGGAACCAGAUACUAGUCGUGAUAGAGACACAGUUACAAAGCCCUUCAAAAUCCCAAAACACACAGAAUGGGAUGAAUCCAGCGACGAAGAGGUCCCUACCCCCCCUCCCCCUCCUAGAAUCAGCAAGAUCAGCAUUGGCUUUGCAAAGCCGGCUCCGCCCAUCAAGAUGAACCUCGGUGCCAAGCCUAGUGUGCACGCUCAAAAGCCAACUAUAGCAUCUGUGUUCAAUGCUGAUGAUGAUGAUGAUGAGCCUGAGGAGAUGCCUGCUGAAGCCAGGAUGAGGAUGAGAAAUAUUGGAAGAGAAACGCCAACAUCAGCCGGCCCAAACUCCUUUGGCAAAACCAAGCAGGGCUUCUGCGACGCCAAGAAGCUGUUUGAGAAGAACCUGAAGCAACAACUGGAUGAAACAAAUGACAAACCAAUUUUACCCAAAUUCCCACAGACCAUCUACAAGAUAAAACCUACAUGAGGAGUGCUGUCUGUUCAAUGACUGGUUUUUGUGAAUUAUAAUGAUGUUUUUUGUCGAAA